AUGUUUGUUCUUUUUCUCCUUAUGGGCGCUGUUUUCUGCACUAACAAGGCCAUUCUCAUAAACUGCUCGUGGCAGUACGAAAACUACAGACACUUUGCCAAUGUUAUAGCCCUGCAGAGUGCGCUGGAAAAGAACGGGUUUGCCUCUGAUGACAUCUCUGUAUAUUUGAAACAGGAUCUGCUAAACGACAAGAGAAUGCGCGACCAAAACAUUGAAACUGACUAUUUUACCUUGGUUAAGGGCGUGGACUACACUCCGAAGCAAAGAAACACAUCGUACUUUGAGAUUUUAAACAUGAUCGGAGGAAAAGACCCUGUGCUUCUUGGGGCAGACAGUGCAACCAAUCUUCUGAUCUACAUCACUGGCCACGGAGGAGACGGGUUUAUAAAAUACUGCAACAGAAAAUAUUUCUACACAGACGACAUAACGGAUGCGCUGGUGAGUCUUCAGAAGAUGCGAAAGUUAAACAGGAUACUAUUUAUUGCAGAUACGUGCCAGGCAGACACUUUGCUCGACAAGAGCAGGCUGCCUGACAAUGUAACUUUUGUUUCAACCAGCCUCAAGGGAGAGUCUUCUCACUCUACUAUAUUCAGCCAGGCACUGAACGUGUUUCCAAUAGAUCUCUUUGUCAUGCACCUGUACCGCCUCAUAAACGCAGGGAAAGUGGAAAAAGAGGAGACAUUUUCCAAGCUGGUAGAGAGAGAAAUGCCAAAUGAUCUCAUAAAAUCAACUAUUACGGUCAGCGGGCCCGAUGUGCCUCUGCACGAUUUUAUAUUUCAAAACAGCGAGAAAAGCUUUUCUCUUUUCUUGUAG